AUGGCAGCGGCAACGGGCGACCGCAAGCGCCGGAGAGAGGUCCGCCCCGCGGGAUUCCUGGCGUCCCCUCCCCUCCUGCUCCUGUCGCUCCUGCUCGCCUCCGCGCCCGACGGCGGGGAAUCGUUUCUCUAUCCGACCGGCAGAAGUGGCGGUUGCGACGGCGGCGGCGGCGGCGCAACCUUGACCGCUUCGCGCGACCGUCGCGGCGGCGGCGGUUACAACUUUUCUCGGGGUCGUGCAGGAGGAGGUGUUGUCGCGAUCGUCGUUGGCGGGACGGCGAAGAAGACGAGCGGGGGAGGCGCGGGGGGCGGCGGUGGCGGCGGCGGCGGCCUGGCGGGGGCGAAGCGAGGGCUGGGUUCUAGCUCGAUAUGCAUGCCUUCAGACGAAAGGAGGGGGGUGCUAGGAGCGAAGAAGGCGAUAUCGGCCAACCAGGCCGAAAUCUCAGCACGACGCGAAAGCCUCACCAGCUUGGCGUCGACGUCGGCCGGCAUGGCGGCGGCAGCAGCAGCGGCCGCGGGUGUUCCCCAUGAUAAGACGGAGGGGGCAGGGGAUGGGGGACCGAAGCACGGCGAUGGCCGCUCGGUGUCGGUGGUGGAGGAGGGGGGAAUUGAAGAGAGGGUGCCCACCGCGGGAGAGCUCUUGGUGAUGGCCCGUGACCUCUACGACGACACUUUCGGCCCUCCUGAGGAUGUCCGACAUGUGUCCGCCGGCUACGCGCCGGGCCGGGUAAACCUGAUCGGGGAGCACACGGACUACCAGGGGGGAUUCGUCCUGCCGCUGGCGCUCGAGCGCGGCACGGUGGUGUACGGCGUCGGCCGUUUGGUGGACUCUGACGAGGCGACAGCAGAAGGCAGCGACAGGGGCUUGUGCCGCGUGGUUUCGCAGACCAUGCAGCAGCAACAGUCCGAGGACGAGGCGGGUGGGGAGGCGGGCGAGCUUGGCGGGGACGUGAGCUUCCGGGCCGACGAGUCUCUGGCGCCGGGAGAGCCGGAGUGGGCCAACUACGUCAAGGGCGUCGUGAAAGAGUACAUGCCGAAGGUGCCGGAAGGCAAGCGCUUGGAGUUCACGGCUACCGUGGUGGGGAGUGUUCCUAUCGGGGGAGGCGUUUCGAGCUCGGCGUCCUUGUCCGUGGCCAUGGCCACCUUCCUGCAGGGGGUCCUCACGUCCGCUGGGGUCACACCGCCGACCCCAAAGGAGAAGGCGCACCUCUGCCGUAUGGCGGAGCACAAGUUCCUCAACAUGCCGUGCGGCAUCAUGGAUCAGUUCGUGACGUCCAUGGCGGUGCCAGGCCACGCUAUGCUGCUGGACUGCCGCAGCGAGGAACCCGACGCCGUGCCCCUGUCCGAUUCGAACCUAGUUGUCGUGGUCACCAACUCGAACGUAAAGCACAACCUCGCCGGCAGCCAGUACCCGAUUCGAGUGGCGCAGUGCCAGGCGGCCAGAGACGAGCUCCAGAAAAGCCACCCCGACGUGCAACUCCUGAGAGACGCCACUCCGGAGCAGGUGGACGCCAUGGAGGCGGGAGUAGAGGACGCGGUAUUCCGCCGCGCUAGGCACGUGGUGUCCGAGAAUGCUCGCACGGUUACCGCGGCGCGGGCGCUGACGAGCGGGGACUACCUGCAGGUCGGGCAGCUCAUGCUGGACAGCCACCGGAGUUUGCGCGAGCUUCACUAUUUGGCUUUUUUCGCGCCGCUCCUGGGAUUGCUCGUGCGAGGUCGACUGCGCCGUCGUCGAAGCUGCCCCGAGCUGGACGUCUUGGUUGAGCUUGCGAUGGAGGUGGAAGGAGUUUUCGGCUCGAGGCUCACCGGGGGAGGGUUUGGGGGCUGCACGGUAACUCUCGCGGAGAAGGGCUCGGUGGCAAGCCUCGUGCAGCACCUGCGGGAAGGGUACUUGCGCGCCGUCGGACGUGACUGUUCCAGUUUUGUCACCAAGCCGGGCUUCGGCUCCAGAAGCUUGACGGGAGAAGCCGCAGCGACAGGCACGGCAUGGACAGAGUAG